CACUGCUGAAGAGGCUCAAGGCGGAGCGAAUGAGGAUGAUGACGAGUGAGGCCUUCCUCAGCGCCAUAUAAACGACCGAAGCAACAGAUGACGAUGAUAAUGAUGAAGUCGUGAAGCUGCAGAAUCGAAGGAAACAUGAGCCUGACUCUAGAUCUGGACCUGAACACCUCAGCUUGGCCCAGUUCCUGCACCAACGUUUCGAGCCAGCCUGACGUCAGAAGAACACACCUGAGCACAGCUCAGCAGGUCCUCGUCGUCAUGGUAACCGCCUCCCUCAGUGUGGUCACCGUCCUGGGAAACUUGCUGGUCAUCCUGUCGGUGAAAGUGAACAGCUGCCUGCGGACGGUCAACAACUACUUUCUGCUGAGCUUGGCAGCGGCCGACCUGAUUGUAGGUCUACUGUCCAUGAACCUAUACACGCUGUACCGGGUUCGGGGGCGAUGGCCCCUGGGGGCCGCCCUCUGCGACACCUGGCUUGUUCUGGACUAUGUAGUGAGCAGUGCUUCCGUGAUGAACCUCCUGCUCAUCAGUUUGGACCGGUAUCUCUGCAUGACACGACUGCAAAGGUACUCUGCGUGGAGGACAAGAAAGAUGGCUGGCCUGAUGAUCGGCGCCGCCUGGCUACUGGCUUUCCUGCUGUGGGCCCCCGCCAUCCUUUGCUGGCAGUCAGCUGGUAGCAGACGCGUGGUCCCAGACGGCCAGUGUUACAUCCAGCUGCUGGCCAGCCCGGCAGUGACUCUGGGGACUUCGCUUCCUUCCUUUUACCUGCCGGCUUUCAUCAUGAUCGUGUUGUACGGGCGCCUGUCAGCUGCCAGUCAUGCACGUUUGAGCGCGCUCCAGGUGGAGCAGGCCACGCCCAGCACACCUCGCUUCUUCUUCCAAGACUUUCUCCUCAAACGUCACAGUUCUGUAACCAGCGACCAAGACUUAGAGUCAUCGGUGAAGCGGAACAACAGCAUCCACAAGGAGAUCAGAAGGUCUGUGGAGAUGGAGGGCUGGAGACAUGUGGUUGUGGAUGACGAAUCCACCAACAACGAGACAGAUCUACUAUCGAGAAAAGACCACCACUGGCGGGCCUCAGAGGCGCUCUCCACCUUCAGGUGUCAGGAGAGAAGGAGGCAGCGGGUCAUGGCGAGAGAGAGGAGAGUCACCAAAACCAUCCUGGCCAUCCUGCUGGCUUUCAUCUUCACCUGGACGCCGUACAACAUCAUGGCCGUCGUCGCCACCUUCUGUCACAUCUGCAUCCCGGACGUGCUGUGGAGCCUGGGUUACUGGCUGUGCUACGUCAACAGCGCCAUCAACCCCGGCUGCUAUGCUCUGUGCAACGUCACCUUCAGGAGGACCUUCUGCAGCCUGCUGCACUGCAGGAAGCUUUACUGACAAUGACAUAAUGGCUGUUUAUUAUUCAGGUGAACUUAAACCUGAGUUCAGUGAGCUUUAAUAGUGUCUUCAAAUAAAUGUUUUUGAAUAUACAAAUUCAAAAAAACUGUCCUUUUCUAGGACAUAUUUUCUGCAGCGCAGCAGGAGUUCAUUAGAAAUUCAUCUCUGAGUUGUUGGUGAGACUGUUGACGUGGUGCAACUCUGCCCCUCUUCCCUUCCCCAUUGAUGAAAGUCUGAUCCAGAUGCCAGCUGGGACAAGGAAAACAAAGACAUACAUGGAUCUAGGCGUCUACAUGUAGAUGCAGCAGAAAUGAACGCUUUUCCAACACCCUAUUUUUGUCUUCUCGUGAUUUACAUCAAUUUGAAUCAAGAAAUACCCGGAAAUGCAAUUUUAUACUUCAUUUUCUUAAUAUAUGUCCUCCAUUAUCAAAAAAAACAAAACAAAAAAA